GGACACCUGAACGCAGCAUUUGGCUUGCACAAAUCCUCUCCGUUAAUCGCCUCUACCGGCUGGCAGGGAUUCAGACAUCAUGCGGUCAUCUGUGGGUGGUGUCAAACCAUAGCGUGUCUCAGUGGCAAACACACGGAGGGCUGCUCUGACGGUGGAUGCAGGAGGAAGCUGCGGAGAGCUCAAUGACGAUGAAAAUGGAUUUAAAUGCCAUCUUAGAGCAAAUGGAGACGGGAGAGCAAGACAGUGCUCUGGCGGCUCUACAGACCUACAACAAGGAGUGGAGGAUGAGGGAGGAGAGGCGGCAGACAUAUCCGGUGAGGUGGUGAAGGAAGCCUCCCACCCUUCAGAAAAUGCUGACCAGGAAGUAAUUGUUGAGGGUCUCAAGUCCAUCUGUAACAUCCUGCUACACAAUGAGAGAGGACAGGUGGUAGCAGCAGAUCUGCAGCUGAUAAAGGGUGUGGCAGAGAGGCUGAAGCAGUGUCAUGAUCCCACCUGGAACCAUGAGGUGCGAUUCUUUGACCUGCGCCUCACCUUCCUGCUGACUGCCCUGAGAGUGGACACCAGGGCACAGCUGGCUCAGGAGCUUCAUGGCAUCAGUCUGCUAGGCAACCAAUUGGAUGCCACACUGGGUCUGUGCUGGCCAGACACAUUGGAAACAGCCAGGGCAGGGUUAGAGGGCGUCCCUCCUGAAGAACUGCCCCCACUGAGCCGGCAGCAGACAGAACUAGCCAUGGAAAUACUGAAAAUACUCUUCAACAUUACAUUUGACACAACCAGGCGCAAGGUUGACGAGGAAGAGGCAGCAGACUACAGACAUUUGGGAGCCAUACUGAGACACUGUCUGAUGAGCCAUGCAGACGGAGAGGAGCGCACUGACGAGUUCCACAGCCAUACUGUUAACUUGCUAAGUAACCUCCCCCUGCCCUGUUUGGAUGUACUACUGAUGCCCAAGGUGCAACAAGGCUCCAUCGAGUACAUGGGGGUCAACAUGGAUGCUGUCAACAUGCUGCUGGAAUUCAUGGAGAAAAAACUUGACCGGGGACAUAAGCUGAAGGAGACCCUUCUCCCAUCGCUGAACCUGCUGACUGAGAGUGCCCGCAUCCACCGAGAGACCAGGAAGUUCCUCAGGUCGAAGGUCCUGCCCCCACUGCGGGAUGUGAAGAACAGGCCGGAGGUGGGCAAUGCUCUGAGGAACAAACUAGUCCGUCUUAUGACACACAUUGACACUGACGUCAAGGACUGUGCUGCUGAAUUCCUUUUUGUUCUUUGCAAAGAAAGCGUUCCGAGGUUCAUUAAGUACACUGGAUACGGUAAUGCUGCAGGUCUGCUGGCUGCCAGAGGACUGCUUAGGGGGGGCCGAGACCCUGGGAUCUACUCUGAGGAUGAAGACUCUGAGACAGAGGAGUACAGAGAGGCCAAGGCCCAUAUAAACCCAAUAACAGGAGUCGUAGAAGAGGAGCAGCCCAAUCCCAUGGAGGGAAUGACAGAGGAGCAGAAAGAAAUUGAAGCCAUGAAGCUGGUCAACAUGUUUGACAAACUGUCAAG